UGUUGUCGCAGAUCAAGGCUUGGAAUACGUCGCUUUGACUGUCACAGUGUGAAAACAGUGCAAGAAACAACGAGGUGUGACUCACACCUCGUUGUUUCUUCAUCGCUUCACUUUGCUCGAUGCGAUGCAUGGAGAUAACCUGCGCCUGCUUGUUAUCUCGGUGACGCCAUGUCGCUGGUUGAAGGUUGCUUCGACAGCUUGUCAAAAUGUCCUAUUCUCCGGAGCAAUGCUCCUAAUGAUAGAGCUGUCGGUUUCCACACUUGAGCACUUCCACCUGGAUUUUCCUCCUUCGCAGCGUUAGACUCGUACGAUCAUGAAGCGACUGGGAGGUUCUUCAUCGGAUGAUGCUGGCGAGCAAGAGCGAGGCGCGCAUCUUCAACUCGCGCAGCGCCACCGCAAGAUCGUCGCUGGCAGCUUCAAGGGCCGCAAAGCUCUGGAGCCGGAAUUUGCCACACCUGGCGUCGUCGGUAAGCUCACGUUGAGCUUUACGACUUCGACGUCAUUGGCAAAACACGCACGAAUCACCUGCCAAUUACCGGACCACGGGUGGACGUUGCCGACUGCUCCACCGACUGCCGUGCUCCACCUACCGUCUCCGAAUGAACCUGCAACAACAACAGCGCUGCCGCAGGUCAAGAUGACGUGGAGUUCGACCACGCGGACGAUGGAAUUCACGCUAUUGAACGAGAAUGUGAUACCUGCCGAUACUCCGUUGAUACUGGUAGUUUCCGGGGUUGGAACGCCCGAGAAGGCGACGCCACAGGGCGAAGCUAUCGUCACGACAUUCGAGAAAUUGGCGGUGAGAAGCACCGUACCGACAUCCACGCGCGGAGGGCAAAUUAUUGACGGCCCUGCUGUAUUUACUUUACCGAAGAUCGUGCCUGGAUCCAUUAGUGGAAAAAAGCGCUGGAGGCCGUUUAAUUGCCGCCCUGGAGCAGUGUCGGAUGUGACGCUGGCGUUUAUAGUUAAUGGAAAAGUUCCUUCUGGAGGAAAAAUGUUGGUAGAGUUGCCGUCCGAUGGAUGGGAUAUGGAUGAACAGCCGAGAGUUCUGCUCCGCACACCAGUGCAUCAUAAUAAACCUCUUACAUCUUCAUGGGACUGCAACCAGCACACACUGGAGAUUUACUUGGGUGCUGAUGGGACGUCAAUCGACACGAAGAUGAGCGUGAUACUCACAAUUGAAAACGUGAAGAAUCCAAAGAAAGAGACAAUGUUCUUGGCUGCGUCCAGUGACGCAGCAACUACAGCAGCCCGUCUUACCACUUUAUCGGCAAGUGGAGGUGUGAUCGACGGUCCCACUAGGGUGGAAGUAGCGCGCAUCAGUGAACUUAGAGAACGGGACUUUGAGGUGCUUACAAAAGUCCUUGAUGCCGAUGCAGCAGACAAUCCUUCGACUGGAGAUGGUAUCCCCAUUGAUAGAAUCCCAGAACUAUUACGACGAGCUGGAUUAACACUCUCUGACGAGCUGUAUCAGAAGCUUGUAAUACCGUGCUUUCCGGUGCGCGAUGCUGUUCCAGUCUCCGAUCCAGAAGUUGAUAAUACAGAACCUGCCAAUACACCGCGCAGUGACAAGUUAUCUCGAGAAGAACUAUUAAAUGUGUUCGCUGUUGUGUACGCACCUGCGUACAAAUAUGGGCAGGAACUGCGUUUGGCUUGUGGACGAGGUCAUCUCGAGCUCGUUCGAGAAUGGAUAAGUCGGGGUUGUAACCCGAACGCUGGUGACGCCACAGGUUGGUCUGCGUUACACUACGCAGCCGACUACGGCCAGCUUGAUGUACUUAAUCUUCUGGUCGAGAUGACCACAUGUCAACAGGAGUACGACAGUAAUAGCGAGAGUAAAUCCAUGACGCUGGAGAUUAACGCCCGGGACGGCCAUGGCUGGACGCCUCUGAUGUGUGCAGCGGCCAAUGGCCACAUCGACAUCAUUCAGAAGCUACUAGCGCUUGGUGCGAGCAUCUUGUUGACCAGUACAGAACACCGAUCCGCCUUGCAUUGGGCAGCUAUUCGCGGCAUGGCUACAGCGGCAUCGCUCCUCCUUGCAGCCGGAGCAGACGUGAACCAAGUCGAUCGCUGCGGCUGGACGCCCCUGCACUGUGCGACGCUGCACGGCAACACCAACUGCGCAACUAUCCUCACCGAUAAAGGUGCCAAGCCAGCGGCGAAGGACAAACUGGACUACGCGGCCCAGUACUACGGCGAUGCCGCCUUCUUCCCAUCCAAACCACUUCAACUUGUAUAAGCUCUUUGACAUGCAUAAUCUGAUUGGUUAAAUUUCUAAACCAAUGUCUGAUUCGUCAAAAUGAUUGCGCAAACGCAUUUGAGUUUUCGACCAAUAGGAUCUAGUUUGAAGUGCACAAG